AUGCCGGCCUUUCAAGCAAUCAAUGUUGAGCCGGAGGAGAACAUUGACGAUGAGAUUGACACGACCCGCGAGCUUCAUGUGGAUGAAGCUCUAAAGCGGUUUCAGACAGCUCUGAAGCUUCAUGCCCAAGGCCCUCGAUUCUUCGACGAAGCUGCCGAUGCCUACGAUGAUCUCUUCAAGUCCGAAAUCUUCAAAUACCCUGAGGCGGCCACCGAGUUUGAUAGAGGGGAGCAAAACCCUGAUCAACUCAUCACCGAUGCUGCCCUUGACGGCAACUUGGACCUCCAGGUCGCCGACGUCGACACCGCCACGAGCAGCUUGCCCCAGGCCUUUUUCCUCGCACACAAGAAUCGCGGCCAGUUUCUGCUCGACCGAACCCGGCAUGCUGCACGAACCAACGGUGAAAGCUAUUUCGAGAACGAUGAGGCGCUCCGGAACAUGCACAAUGCCCUGGCCGACUUCAACGCAGCCCUCGAUCGCGAUCCGUCCGAUGCCGAACUUUGGAGACGUACCGCGCGUGUCGCUGCCUCGCUGAAAAGCGCAAGGCUCAGUAGAUACUGUCUUGAGGCCGCUAUCGAACUUGACGAUGACCCAGCUGUCUUGGAAGUCGAGCCCCCAUCCUUAGCCGAAGGGUUUGCUGGGCAGCAACUGAAGGACCAACUACAAAUACUAAGUGAUGAGAUUGCCCUUUCACAUCCAAUCAUGGGACCCUGGGUCAAGCGAGACAUGCCGGAUUUCAUCAAGCGUCACAUCGAUCCCAUUCCAUUUCUUCCGAACCCUAUCAAAGAUCUCGAGUCUAUCCGCUCCACUGUCGAAGAAGCUGGGUCAAGCCGUCUUACUAUAACACUGCCAACCUCAUCGUGGGUAGACCUAGGCAUGGCCCUGGUACAAUUCGUUCUCGAAAAGGGACAGACAAGUCGGGGUGUAGUCAUUGAGCUUCCAGAAAUGGAAGAAGACGAAGAUGUUGUUAUGGAGAGUCAGCCAGAGCAAGAUGGCCCUGUCGACGGUUCAGAUGCCAAGGAGGGGUCUGUUGAGAAUGACAAAAAGCCCGCAGACGCCAACGGAGAAACUAAGCCUUCGGAAACUGAAAAACCUGGAGAAGACAAAGAGGCAGUCCCCGAAGAGCCGCCCAAAGCGCCGGAAACCACUCGUGAAACUCGCAAGGGAAGAAGCGUCUCUCAGCCGACCCGAAAGCGCUCCCAAUCGGCUGCUGGCAUCCCUGAGAAUCAGGAUGAGGAGAGCCUAGUCGAAAAGAGGAGCAAACGUAUUCGUCGACGAGAGACAGCAGCCGCGGAAGAAGUUGUGGAUCCCAGCGCUGUUCAUGCAUCUCAAUUAGCACCUUAUCAGGCAGCCGACCAAAACCUGUUCCAAGCCACGAAGAAUAUGCUGGAGAACAUCGGAGUCACCAGUCAGGACACUUUGGACCGAAUCAGCGAAGUGCUAGAUUCCCUGGUAUCCGAGGAACGCGCAGCAUCUAUUAAGAACCAGGCCACAAUGGAUCUGCGAAAUGCUUUCCUCUCCUUCAGCGAAGAUAACGCAAAGAUCUUGCUCAAUAAGCAAGCUCAGGCCUCAUUGAGCUUGUCCUCUUUCCUAGAGCAUGCCAAAGGAGGCUCUCAAAAGAUGUCGGUUAUACCGCCAUUCAAGGAAAGCCAGGGAGUUACUGCUUUUGCAAAACGAGUCAACUCUUCUUGGAUGACCGCCCAAGAGGUUGCCUAUGAAUGGAUCAAGACGAUAUGCCCCAGCUAUCUUGAAACCAAAUGGUCAGACGCAAUGAAGACUGCCGUGGUCCAAGUUAUCAGCCGGUUCGACCAGGACAUCCUCCAAUCUAUCAACUACGACAUGGAGUGUGCACGGCAAUCAGAUCAACAGGAAGAGCAGCUCUCCUUCGUCAAGAACAUCGUAGAGAUGCUUUUUGAAAUCCACCUCGACGUCUAUGAGAGGAUCACUAAUCCUAAUAGUGUUGUGGACUAUAGUAUUCGCGUUGAGGCCAAGGGGCGCUUAGGUCGUUGGUUGGAUAUUGCAUCCGCAUUGCUUCGCGGAAGUCCCGAAGAAGGCAACGAGAAGCUUACCGCUCGGUUCCUUUGGGCUGCUAUUUUCUCAACUACCUUAACCGAGAACGCCUCGAGAGAGUAUAUUCUCCAGUGUUGGACAAGUUUGCGGGAUUUCCUUGCUGAAGGACAAGUCGAUCAAUUACACCUGCCCAACAAUCCAGUGAUACCGGAGAUUUCUGAAGCUGCGGCCGAUAGGGAAAUUUCUAAGCUUACUACGAUGGACUUCUUUCUCGGUUUAUUUCAAGACAACGUCAGCGACCCUGUUGCUGUUAUCGACAAUUUGGAGCCUGUUCUCAACCCAGGCUCGGUCUUUGUUGCCCUUGACCCCGAAGAGACUGCGAAGAAUGGCGAGCGCUCUGGGUCUGGCCGACCCAAGACCAAGAACGUUCCUAUUAAAGACUAUGCGACCCAGAGUUUACAAGACCUCUGGCGGUUCCUCCUGGGAACAAGCACGGAAUUACGCCUCUUCCUUUGGUCACGCCUCAGCGACGCGUACGGCACUAUCCAAUAUUCUACGAAGCAGUUUUCAUGUCAGCUCAGGGCCAUCGAGAUGCUAACUACAGACUUGGAGAGUGACAGCUACCUCAAAAACGACCCAGAAACCAGGCCGCCGCUAUUACUCAAGAUGCUCAAGUCUCUUGAUGACCUUCUGAUCUCUGCCCUUUCGCUGGCUUUGAACGAUAACACUGCGUACGACAUUGUUGACGAAGAUCACUUGAAAACGAUAUCCACGGCGCUUGCUAAACUCAGUUGCAUGCUCCAUGCCUCAGCGAUGCAUGAGGAUGAGAUUCGAAUCGGAAUGACAAAGGUGCCACCAAGCAGCCCAUCGUUUCAGCCAUUCAUCAAUAAGUUGCGUGAGAUACAAGUCCGCGUAUGGUGCCUCCAGUACACAGUGAUCAAGGUCGGCGUCAAUCAGAACCCCAAAAUGUUUCCUCAACCCGAGAUGGAGCUUGCCGACUAUCUCUCAGCCAUUCAUCAGGUUCUUGGUUUAAGAAAAUGCUGCAAAGCAUCCAACAAGAUCUUCCUAAAGAUGAUGCGUGUUGAGCUGCUGAAGUUCAAGAACAUUGAGAACUGGGAAGAUUAUCUGGGCCAAGUUCUUUACGAUCUUCACGGUCUUAAGCUCGGAGUUGGCGUUGGCGAGGUUCAGGAUCACGGCUGUCCGCCUGAGAAACUCGAGAAGCGCAACGCAAUGCAGCUCGUCGACAAAAUCACAGUUCUGGCGCGGAGAAUGCCCAGAAAAGACUUGCUCAAGUCGGACCUCAAGGCGACAAUUGAACACAUGCAAGGAGCUAUCGGGCAAACCAAGUCCACUCCUCAGAUGAUCCACAACCUGAGGAAUUUCACAGAGUAUCUGAAGCGACCAAUCCAUCCUCUUCGACUUUACCAGGCUCUUAAUGGGGGCGUUGAGUUAGACGUCGUUGCCGUAAACACACCCGAGAGUGCUCUGGCUAAACAUGGGUGGUUCUUCCUUUUGGGUAUGAUCGCGCUCACAAGGUUUAAACAGGUUGAUUUGAGCAAGAGACAGACACCAGGUGCUACUGAUGACCUGCGACUUGCGGCAACUUUCUUGCGACUCCAACUCCAGUUUACCCCUGAUAAAUGGGAUGCAUGGUUUCGCUUAGCCGAGUGUUUCGACUACGAACUUGACGAAGCUGUCCUAUGGUCGGCCGACAAGAUGAAUAAGGAGCGCGCCGAAUUGCUCAAGGUCCAGCGUAACUCAAUUCACUGUUACACACUGGCGCUUUCCAAUUCAUGGGAGGCAGAAAUUGACGACGAAGACGAGGAUCCUCUGUACGAACUGUAUCACAAUUUUGCUAUGCGUCUGUACGCCUCGAGUCGUGAACCCCUCGCUAUGGAACCAUUCCAGCAUGCGGAUCACGAACGUUUCUUCAUCGAGAACAUGGGCAAUGGAACGUUCCAAAAAGUCCUCCACGACCAGAUGCAAGACUAUAAGGUCUGGAAGUAUGCCGCUGGCUUGUUCAAGCGGGCAAUGCGACGCAAGCCGCAAGACUGGAGGAACCCAUUCAUGCUCACCAAAUGUCUCUGGAAAAUGUACCAGAAACCCUUGGACCAGCUUAGCGAGAAAGAUCGCGAGACCCGUCCGUCAGUGGAAUACUUGAUCUCGGCUCUCGAGCACGCUGUCGAAGUGGUGGCUGCUGUGCCCAAGUCCAGACACAGCGACCCCAUUUUGGAGCCGCACUACAAGAUUGUGUCAAUCGUGCAUAAGCUUGUCGUGAGAGGCGACCUCACACCGCAGGAGGGCGCGGAUAUUCUGUCAAGACAGCCGUAUGGUAUGGAGCUGGGCGACGAUAUCACAAUGACAGACAUUGAAGACUGGGAGGAAUACGUCAUUAGAAGCCUGCAUCACCUCCGGGACAAGGACAAAUCCAACUGGCAGCACCGCAUCAUCAUGCGUCACGCCCGUCUGCUGUUUGACGAAGAUGGCGAGUCACCCGAGUUGGUGCAAGCCAAGGCGGCGUUCAACGUUCUUCGGGAGUCCAUGUUUACUAAGACCAUGGUCAUGAACGUCUGGAAGUGUGACGCUGAACGGCCUGGGCGGCAUCAUGUGUAUACCGCCCAGUACAUUCGAUUCAUGGUUAAGCUUUUGGUCGUUAUGAACGACAGAGUCAAUCUGGAAAUGGUCCUGAGACGUCUUCGGAAGAAGGGCGCCGAUUUCUACCACUUCAGCGAUCUGUGGCAGACAUGCUGUAUGGCCUAUCUCAGACUUCUGCGACAGGGAUUCCAUGUGCCUCCGACAUUGGAAGACUCUUUCAAGCUGACUUCGCUGGAGGAGCUGGAAAUCAUGGCAGAUCGCAUCACGGAGUGGGCUGGCGGGCCAUCCACCGAUAUUCCUGCUUUCAACUGCCUCAAAGAGACAAUAGAGUUGAAGAAACUCAACGGCGGUCUCAUGAAAGCAGGGGCCAUUGACGAUCUUAUCAACGAUUGCUACGCAAUUAUUUACCAGGAAAUCGGCCCUACCCUUCCAGGCCCUGAACCCCACGAGGUUUUGGAGGCACGUGCCAGAGCCCGCGCCAGAGAGGAAGCCGAUGGUGGCAAUGAGCUGAAGCCGUCGAACGCUCUUGGCAACCUCUUGAACCCUUCUAGUGCACAAGAUUCCGGCACAAACGGGGAGACUGGGGGUGAUAAAACGGCUGCCGCACCCGAGGCUGCCCCGAGACGAAGGGCUGGUGUUCGAAGGCCCGACAUCAUUCGUAAAGCCGAGCAAGCUUUUGCUCGCUUUGGUGAAGCGCCCAAGUCGUCAGUGGCUCCGUCUAAAUCCCGCGUUGGAUCGGUCUCAAGCGGAAAGAACGGCGGGCAGACGCCUACAGGAGAUGCCGACGAGGGCAGUGAUGCAGAUGAGAAAGAGGGACAUGAGGAGGGCGAAGAUGUUGAAAUGAAGGACGACACCGCAAUGGAAGCUGAGGAAGGCGAAGACGGAGAGGAAGAAGCGCCCGCACACGGUACAGCAGCAUCUAGCCCUCGGGGUAGCAUUCACGACUCGGCAGAUGACGAAAGUGAGCUUAGUGAUGUUCCCGACGACUGGGACGAGCAGCCACCUCCAUCGUUGAUGCUCUUCCCUAAUUUGAGGAAGAGUGUGGACUCUACAAGGAAUGAGAGUGGCGACUCCAGCGGCGAAGAAGAUGAAGAGGAAGAAGAGGAGGAGGAGGAGGAGGAGGAGGGUGAGGAGGAGGAGGAGGGUGAGGAGGAGGAAGAGGAAGAAGAAGAGGGCGACGAAGGUGAAGAUGGUGAGGAAGAAGAGGGUGAAGAAGAGGAAGUCGAAGAUGAGCACGGUGAGGAGGUCGAAGACGAGGAGGGUGAAGAAGAGGAGGUCGAAGAGGAAGAAGGUGAAGAGGCAGAGGCAGAAGAAGCAGAAGAUGGCGAAGAAGCUGAGGAACAAGACGAAGAUGAAGAAGACGAGGACCAAGAAGAAGAUGAAGUAGAAGACGAGGAUGAGGAGACGAUGGCCGACGAGGAGUAG